CUUUCUGGGUUGUGGAGAACAGGGUUGACAUGGAGUGGACUGAAAAUGCCAGACGUGGGGCUUUUGGGUGUGCCUGCCCGCUUUUGGAAGCGAGGGUUUCUUCUGUGGACCUGUCUCUAACCUGAGACAGGACAUCUUUGUAAAAGACCCGCUAUCUAGCUUGGGGCUUUGUACUCACGGAGCAGUCCAUCCUCCAUUUCUCUCACAAGCUAGCAGUGCAGGUUUAUCAUCAGACGUUUCACUGGAAGCAUGAGAAAAGUAUGUGGGACCUAGCAGUGUGUGUGGACCACCGGCAGACCCCAUGCCAAGGCCUCACAGCCCCUAGUUUGGGAACUGCUGCUGUCGUUGAGCAAGGUAGAAGUUACCGGUGUAUCUCAGAUGCCAGUGGCAGAGGGGAAGAGUGUCCAACAGACGGUUGAAAUCCUAACGAGGAAACUGGAGCUGCUCGGAGCAGAGAAACAAGGAACGUUUUGUGUCGACUGUGAGACCUACCACACAGCUGCCUCCACCAUGGGCAACCAAGGGCAGGCUGGCAAGCUGAUGUAUGUGAUGCAUAACUCCGAAUAUCCCCUCAGCUGUUUUGCUCUCUUUGAGAAUGGCCCCUGCCUCAUAGCAGAUGCCAACUUUGACAUCCUUAUGGUGAAACUGAAAGGCUUCUUCCAAAAUGCCAAGGCAAACAAGAUAGAGAGCCGGGGAACGCGGUACCAGUACUGUGACUUCUUGGUGAAGGUGGGCACUGUAACCAUGGGGCCCAGUGCCCGUGGCAUAUCUGUGGAGGUGGAAUACUGCCCGUGUGUGGUAGCCAAUGACUGCUGGAACCUGUUAAUGGAGUUCAUGCAAAGCUUCAUGGGGAAUCACACUCCUGGAAUCCCAUCCGUGUUUGGCAACAAGCACGACAGCAUCUACAGCCCAGCUGACUCGAUGGUGCAGUAUAUGGAACUGUUCAACAAGAUCCGCAAACAGCAGCAGGUGCCUGUAGCUGGGAUGAGAUGAAAAGGCUUCCAUGAGGCCGUUUGGUUUUGUUUUUUGGGGGGGGGUCCCCUUUACAGGGGCAGUAACCCCUUUCCCGAUCGUCCUCAGAGAUCAGGAAUGCCAGCCCAUAGCUCCUUAGUGCAUUCUCCUCCCUCUAAAACAAAGAAACAAUGCUCAUCUCCCCAGGAGGAGAAUCCGCUUUCUUUCUUCACCCACUCUCGGACACAGGUCUGAAAUGUAACGUGUUUUUCCUUUUGUCCUGGUCCCUUAUUCAAUUCAGUACUUCCAGUGAUUUGACCAUUGGCCACUGAGGCUGUUCAGUGCUAUGGAAAUGAUUCGGGGGAUAGAUCUUCAACCAAAUGGAGGAGAAAGAAGAAACUGCAGCUGUGUGCACACACAGGCAAGGGUUAAUUCUUCUCUGUUUGCCUUGCCCACUGACCGCUAACUGUGAGUUUUCUGGAUACCCCUUGGAAAAUAUUUUGAUACUGUUAAUAAUAAUAAAAAAAGAAGCCAUAUUUUCAUGUAAAGUUGCCAAGUCUUUU